AUGACCAAUCCCCGCUUCUCGUCCCUGACGGGCCACGUUCCGUCCAAGGACAGAAUCCACCACCAUGCACACACUCUUGUCGCCAACCUAGCCGCGGACAGGUUGCUCUCCGGCACCGCCGACAAGCCCAUCAUCUUCCUCUGCCACUCGCUCGGCGGCAUCGUCGUAAAACGGGCCCUCACCUACGCGCAAACCCGCACCGCCCACAAAGUCACCCACGAGCACGCCAUCUUCACCCACACCCACGGCAUCCUCUUCUUCGGCACCCCGCACCACGGCACCCCCAAAGCGACCUGGCUGCGCGUGCUCAAACGGCUCGGCGCAGCCGCCUCGCUCGGCCAGCGCAGCCGCCCGUCCGCGCUCGUCUCCGCGCUCGAGCACGAGUCCGAGACGCUGCAGAACACGGCCGACUUCUUCGCCCCGCUCGCCGCCCGCUUCCGCGUCUUUUACUUUUAUGAGCUGCACCCGACGGCGCUUCCGGGUUGGUUUGGUCGCGGCGCGGCGCGGCGCGGCGAUUAUGUGGUUCCGGUGUCGAGUGCGGUGCCGGCGGGGCAUGAUGAGGCGGAGCGCGCGGGGAUCGCGGCGGAUCAUAGGGGUAUGGUGAGGUUUGGGGACCCGGGGGAGGUGGGGUUUCGGGUUGUGGUGGAUGCGCUGGUAAGGUAUUGUGCUGAGGCGGAGGAGGUGGUGCGGUUGCGGCUGUCUGAGGUCGAGGAGACGGGGGUUGCGGAGUGGUGGUGGUGGUGGUGGCGGCAAUAUUAA